GUUUACAUUCAGAAAGUUUGAAGGAAGUUUUAUAGAUGGAAAAAGAAAUUAAAAAAAUUGAGCUUAUAGCAAGUGAUGAUGAACAAUUUGAGGACGCAAGAGCCAUAAGUGAUGAAUCGAGUAUAGAUUCUAAAAAAGAAGCUGAAGACGCUGACAAAUUUCAUGAAUGUGAAUCAAAUGUUAUUGUUGACGAUGAAUCACAGAAAGACUAUGAAAAGAAUCAAACUGAUGAGGAAAGAGAACAAGCAAGGUUAGAAGCAUUAGAGCUGAAAAAUAAAGGCAAUGAGGAGUUUCGGAAGCAGAAUUUUAAAAAAUCAAUCGAAAUAUAUACUGAUGCUUUGAGAAAAUGUCCUGUGAUAUGUCAAGAUGAAAGAUCCAUAGUAUAUGGAAAUAGAGCCCUGUCGAAAGUAAAGCUAGACCUCAAAACAGAAGCUAUAGAUGAUUGCGCAAAGGCUCUCGAAUAUAAUCCAAAAUAUGUUAAAGUCUUGCUUAGACGUGCUGUGCUGUAUGAAGAGAUAAGCAUGUUUGACGAGAGUUUAGACGAUUUUAAAAAAGUCUUAGAAAUUGAUCCAGGAAAUAUUGAUGCUCGAUCUGCACAACUAAGAUUGCCAACAUUAAUUAAUGAGAAGAAUGAAAAAAUGAAGGAAGAAAUGUUAGAAAAAUUAAAGGAUCUUGGCAAUAUGGUUCUUCGACCUUUUGGUCUAUCUACUAAUAAUUUUGAGAUGAAGCAAGAUCCAACCGGAAGUUACUCCAUUAAUUUUAAAAAAUAAAUCGGUUUUGCCUUUGUUCAAAAUAUGAUAUAAAUAAAUCAAUUUCUCUGAAAGUUUAA